CCCUUCUUUCCUACUCCAAAUAAUUUAUCUUCAUCUUCUUUCACGUCUCACCCACUUCCCUCUCUCUCAUCCCCCUUCAAAUAACACACAAACACCCUCUUUCUCUCUCUACAACCACCAUGAGAACCACCAAACCCAAUUCCACCAUUGCCAUCAAGCCCAUCCUCCUCGCAGUCUUCUUCCUCCUCGUUUUCCUUCUCGUAAUCAUCCUCCGAUCAUCUUCGUUACCCGCCCGACCGCUUUCUUGCCCCCCGAUCAAUCGCCCAAUAGCCGUGGAAUCUCAAACAUGCAACAAGCUUGAUACGGCAACCGCGGAGACGCUUGUGCAUUAUGUUACUUCUAACAUUACUCCACAACAAACGUUUAAAGAGAUAUCGGUCAGUCUCCGAGUCCUCAACAAGAAAUCACCGUGUAAUUUCUUGGUUUUUGGACUCGGAUACGAUAGCCCGAUGUGGGCCGCCCUUAAUAACGGCGGCCGCACGGUGUUUCUUGAAGAAGACAAGUCUUGGAUCCAGCAAAUUCAGUCCAAGUUCCCGAAUUUGGAGUCGUACCACGUGGUUUAUGACACCAAGGUGUCACGAGCAUCUGACUUGAUGGAUAUCGGAAAACAAAAGGAGUGCAAGGUGGUCGAGGAUCCGAGGGUAUCGAAGUGUGAGUUGUCGAUGAAAGGGAACUUACCGGAUGAAGUGUACGAAGUCGAAUGGGACUUGAUAAUGGUGGAUGCUCCGACGGGGUACCACGACGAAGCACCGGGGAGGAUGAAGGCGAUUUACACGGCGGGGUUGAUAGGGCGAAACCGGGCUGACGGGGAGACAGACGUGUUCGUGCACGACGUCGAUAGAGUGGUAGAAGAUAAGUUUUCUAAGGCGUUUUUAUGUGACGGAUAUUUGACGGAGCAAGAAGGACGAUUGAGGCAUUUCACGAUUCCAAGUCAUAGGGCUCGAUUGGGUAGACCAUUUUGUCCUCUUUAGAUAUGUUUGUUGUAUAAUUUUUAUAUGGCUAUAUUGUAAUUUUACUACUUGUUCGUUACUAUUGAGGUGGUAUUGUUAAAUACUACGUAAUAUUUUUUAAAUUUUUAAAUAA